UGAAGAUUUGGUACAUUGAGUUUCAUGCAAAUGUAAUAUUCACCUAUUCUGUUUUUAUUUGCAAAACGUACCAAAUAGCUCGCCUUUCCCUUGAUUACUCAUUCAUCUUGUUUAGAAAAAAAAGACAUAAAUUGCAGCCGUCGCUUGAUUUGUGUUUAAUUUAAAUAUCCAAGACAGUGUGAGACAUAUUUUUCAUGGACGGUAUGGCUGAGAAAGAAACGACUCCCCUCCCGCCUCCCACCCCAAUCGCCCCUUCUUCCUGGAAACACGCCUCCUUUUAGGACCCGGCGGCCCUUGCUCGACCCCGGCCGCGUCUUGGCUCGGCACCAAGUGGCACAGCCGCGUCUCGGCAGCCAAUAGGGAGCGAAGGGGGCGGUCCUACACAUACUCCGCCUGCCUUAUAUGGCAGCGCGUCGCCAUGGCAACGUGUGCUAAGUUGCAGCAGUCGUGUCAAAGUUCACUAUAUAGAGAAGCUCAGCGAGCUGAUCAGAGAGAAAGCAUUCUGCCAGCCGUGCUCCUCUUAAGCCAAAAACCUCCCCGACCGCCUUUUUAACAUAUUUCCACUCUUUGAGUCGCCUUUUCAACCGCAUUCUAAUCGUAUUGUCACCGCACGGAAAAGAACAAGAAGAAGACGCGACGAGGAUUCUAAAAAGCGGAGAUCGCCAACAUUUGCUGGCGCUAGAAGCGGAUUUUCCCCUUUUUUUUAAGCGGAGAGAAUUCUUCCAGACUCUUACCCGGAGCUUGUUGGUCCCCGUUCGACCGCCGGUCUUCUCCAUCCUCGCCCCCCCUUUUCCUACCCUCCUUCCUCCUCCUCCUCCUUCCUCCUCCUCCUCCUCCUCCUCCUCCUUCUCCUCUUCCUCCCUCCAAAAAGCCAAGCCGGUCCAUGCUGCUUGCUCGCUCUCGUCCCGGCACUCGGCCCACCUUCCCCGCCGACGGGGGUGCUGGAUGGCCGGCAGUAGGAGCCCCCUUGACUCGGCCUCGCUGGUGAGAAGCAGCCUCCUCCCCGUCGUCGUCUUCUUCCUCCGCCUCCUCCUCGUCGUCGUCGUCGACUCUACUCAUUCCCGGAGCGGAGCGUCGAGCGCGGCGGCGCCUCUGCUGUGGUGACAUCCCGCCCCCCCUCCCCAUCUGCCCCCCCACGACCCCGGUCAGCGCGUGGAAAGGCAGCCCUCCGAAAAGGUCAAAAGAGAGACAAAACGGCCGAGCAAAAAGUUUCCCCCCCGUUGACUGAGAGGCAGAUAUGGCAAUGGUAGUGUGGAGAGGCUCCCAGGACGACGUGGCGGACACCCAGGGCGCCCUCUCCUCGCAGACCCAAGGCGGGCUGGCGCUGGGCAGCGCUCAGCCGGGCCAGCUGGGGCUGACGGCCGCGCAGGUGGCGCCGCCGGCCCCGCAGACCCCCGCGCAAGGCGGCCCAAACAACGGGCAGUCGGCGCCCGGCGGCGGCCAAGGUGCUCAGCAGCAGGCGGACAAGCAGCCGCAACACAUCGAGUGCGUGGUGUGCGGGGACAAGUCGAGCGGCAAGCACUACGGCCAGUUCACCUGCGAGGGCUGCAAGAGCUUCUUCAAGCGCAGCGUGCGGCGGAACCUGACGUACACAUGCCGGGCCAACCGGAACUGUCCUAUCGACCAGCACCACCGCAACCAGUGCCAGUACUGCCGCCUAAAAAAAUGCCUCAAGGUCGGCAUGAGACGGGAAGUCUCUCUUUUUACUGCAGCCGUGCAAAGGGGACGGGUGCCGCCCACGCAGCCGCACCACGGCCAGUUCGCGCUGACCAACGGGGACCCGCUGCACUGCCACUCGUACCUCUCGGGAUAUAUCUCACUGCUGCUGCGCGCGGAGCCCUACCCGACGUCCCGCUACGGCAGCCAGUGCAUGCAGCCCAACAACAUCAUGGGCAUCGAGAACAUUUGCGAACUGGCUGCGCGCAUGCUCUUCAGCGCCGUGGAGUGGGCCCGGAAUAUCCCCUUCUUCCCGGACCUGCAGAUCACCGACCAGGUGGCCCUGCUGCGGCUGACGUGGAGCGAGCUGUUCGUGCUGAACGCGGCGCAGUGCUCCAUGCCUCUGCAUGUGGCACCGCUGCUGGCGGCGGCCGGCCUGCACGCCUCGCCCAUGUCGGCGGACCGCGUGGUGGCCUUCAUGGACCACAUUCGGAUCUUCCAGGAGCAGGUGGAGAAGCUCAAGGCGCUGCACGUCGACUCGGCCGAGUACAGCUGCCUCAAGGCCAUCGUGCUCUUCACCACAGAUGCGUGCGGCCUGUCGGACGUGGCCCACGUGGAGAGCCUGCAGGAGAAGUCUCAGUGCGCCCUUGAGGAAUACGUGCGCAGCCAGUACCCCAACCAGCCCACCCGCUUCGGCAAGCUGCUGCUGCGCCUGCCGUCGCUGCGCACCGUGUCGUCGUCGGUCAUUGAACAGUUGUUUUUCGUCCGCCUGGUAGGUAAGACCCCCAUCGAAACGCUCAUCAGGGACAUGUUGCUGUCGGGGAGCAGCUUUAACUGGCCUUACAUGUCCAUUCAGUAAAGAAGACACAAGCUGAGGAUGAGGAUGGUGGUGGUGGUGGUGGUGGUGGUGUGUGUGUGUGUCUGAGUGUUGUGAGGGAGGGGCUGCUGGCUGGAGGUGACUAUUCAAUGAUUUUAGCUGCUUUUUUUUUUCGCUCUGAAGGAAUAUUGGAAGAACAAAAAAAAAAAACACAAAACUGUGAAUUAUUCCCUCCCUCCUUCCACUCCAAAAAGGGACACUGACUGACUGACUGAACUGAAAAGUGUUUUUUUCCUAAUGAAAGAAACAACAACAAAAAAGAGGGAAAUGGGAUUUUGUUGUGGAGAUUUUAAGUAUUAAGUGCAUUUUUUUUUGUCUCGAAAAAGGAAGGGAAUUUUGUUUUUAUUCACUUGUGUCCUGUGUCCAAAUGUAUAGCCGUGUGUGUGUGUGUGUGUCUGCGUGCGUGUGUGUUUUUGUACUUUCCUCCAUUUUUUUUUUUUUGUUGUUGGUUCCAAACCGGCUUAAUAUGUAACUGGUGGUUGUGUUAUUUUCCAUUCUUGUGGAGAAUGUGUACAAACAAAAGAAAGAAAACAAGAGAGGAAUUAAAACCACAGCAAUAGGAGUUGUUCUAGACUUUUUUUAAAUUUUUUGUCAUCUGUAGAAGCUUCAUGCUUGCAAGCGCACUUAACGUUCCCCAACCAAUAAACGAGCCACUAAGAACACUUUGCAUUAUUUGUCCUCGUUGAACAAUCGGCAGCCUUAAACUCCUUUCGUUUGAAAUAUUACAUCGAUGAAUUAUGAUUCCCGGGGGGGUGGGGGUCUAGGGGAGGGGGUCAUCCAAGUUUAAAAGCCAAGCCGAUGUAGUGUUUAAUAGCAGUAUUACACGAUUUAACAAUAAAACAAACCCUCCCCUUUUUGUCCGAAUGAAGUGCCUGACAAGCAUGACGCGAUUUCUCCACAACAACGUUCAUGGUUGAAGUCGGGGGGCGGAUGGCGGGGGAUGGUGUUUUCUCCCCCGAUGUGUGCAUCCUUAAGAUGAGUGAAUCGGCCGUGCAAGCAUGCCGAUGUGAGGCAGUAUUGUUGUAAAUAUAGGUCAACUUGUUUCUUUUCUACCAGCUCUGUGUGGCCCAGAGCAAAUGUGUGGUUGCCAUCAUUUCGCUCGUCUUUCCAACGGAGUGUCGGACUCAGCUCGGCUCAGUAGCACUGACGAGUUCUGUACAUACAUAUUAUUAUUAUUAAUUAUUAUUAUUAUUAUUAUUAUUAUGAUUACAACCGCAUUUUCUUUGAGUUUGUUUCUUUAUUCCUGGUUUUGUUUUGUUCGGUUUCAUGUAUAUUUAGACUGUGAAUGCAUGGCCACAGGUCGCUAACCUAUUUUACCCUAUUUGCUAUAUAAAUGUAAAUGUUCUUUCUUUUUAUUGACGGGGUGGGGAGGGGGGUUACUGCGGGGAGGGAGGGCCGUUCUGUAUAGAUAUAAUCUGUGCGUUCACUACACACGAGCCCUUGUAUUUAAACACACACACACACACACACACACACACACACACACACACACACAUUACAAAAAAAAAAAGACACAAGUGAAAGUUCAUCAUAUGAGGACUUAGAAACAGGGUGAGCAGGUUUUUAGGGGGUGUCAGUGUGUGUGCGUGAGAGAGAACAAUCUUUUUAUUCAAUUGUUUAGAGGCCACAAUUACACACAAAAGAGAUGAUUAAUAAUAAAAAAAAUAAAAAAAAGACGGGAUCACACAGACACACACGCACACACAUGUGGACCAGAGAAUGAUACAUGAUUGUAAUUAUGAACCCACCUUUUUUAUAUAAAUAUAUUAAAAAAAUAUAUGACUGCAGGGUAUUGAUAACGUAUAGAUAAUUUUUUUUAAAUGAUGAUGAUCAUGAUGACGAAUCCAUUGCAAGUGAUACCUGUGAGUGUGAGUGUGCGUGCGCGUGAAAGUUUCUAAUAGUUGAACACGAUUCUCGUUCGUUCGUUCGUUCGUUCGUUUGUUUUGUGUUAGCUUAUUGUACAACGAGCAUUCUGCUGUAAAUUUGUUCUUGGUAUUAAAUUAUAAUUUAUGAAUUUGA